UUAAAUUGGAAAUAAUCUUAGUUAACUCUGACAGAUUGUGUAGAGUGUUACACCUCCGUUUAGUAAAAUAUUCAUAACAUGUCUGAAGAGAUCCCCAAAAAAAUCUAUCGUCAUAUUCUUAAAGGCUUACAAUUUUAUCAUCUUGUGAAAGGAAGUGGAAGCCACCUGAAUGAAUUAGUUUCAUUUGUAUUUUUGAAAAAUAAACGCACGGUUCAUCCUACAGUAUUGCAAAGAUGGGUAAAAAAUGCAUUAGAUUCUUUUAAAAGUAACAGACUUGUUCAAGAUGAGUUUUUGGAUUAUUAUCGAUUACACGAGGCUUUUUUUAAUGGACCGUUUGAUAAUGAGGAGCAUUUUGUGCUCAAUCCUGAUAGAAAUCAUUUUCGUGACGAGAACAACUCGAGCCAGGAAAGGCUAUCAGAAAGUCAUCGCAGAAAUUUAAAUCGUAAAGGCAGUUACUAUAAGCUACCCAAACAUCGAGUUCGAGGUAAUUUUAAAAACCCUCAACAUCUAACGAAACAGAAACACACGAAGAAGAAGAGUAGUGAAGAGAACAAUUUAUUGUUGAAUGUACCAAUAGAUGAAAAGUUUAGCACAACUUCAUUGCACGAGACCUUAGUUUUCGCAAGCAUAAAAUCGCAUGAAAUAUCCUCUGAUGAAGAUUAAAGAACGAUAUUUGAGUGCUCAACUACAUCUAUAAUUGACUAAGAAAAUUUGAAACGUUCACAAUGGAGAGUCGUUAAAGAUUAUUGUUUGAGCUGUAAAAUAAAAAGCCUUGGGCUGAAAUUGUCUCCAACAUAAAA